CUCCCCUAUAAUCUGAAAAAUGAGAAAGCGUUGACGUUAGAAAACUAAUAAAAAACAUUCCAGGGGGGAAAAGAGCUUUCAAAAGUCUUUUUCAGGAAGCAACGAAAUUUUGCUUCUCCUCGGUUUAAUCGUGGAAGAGGAUUAAUUAAAAAUAGCUAUUGAAAGUCAUUACAUCACCAGGAAUGGCUUCUGGAAAGGACUGACCCUUCCUUUCUGAAAUCAUGCAACACCACCGAGCUGCAGGAAACAGGAGAAGGAGAAACUAUGGCUCCUUAUCUGAUGGACUGCAGGCGAAAACAGAAGCAUAUAUUCAGGCAGCUGUGUGUGGUGGUUGACAUGAUCCAGCUGCUGGCAGGUCUAGAGUCAGUGGAUCAGCUACUGAAUAAGCCAUGUCCCCAAAACCCAGGUAAUAAAGCUCGUUCUGCAUGGAAGGCUUUAAAAGCCGAAUAUCUGGAGAGAGUUCAGGAGGUGGAGGGGAUGAUCAGCACUCUCCGGGAUCGCAUGGAGGAGCUUCAGGGGAAACGGAAGACACUGGAGACUCUACUGUCUGCUCUGCAGAUAAAGAAAGAGGAGUGCAAAGAGAAGGAGAGAAUCACAGCUAAACGAAAUCAGAGAGCUGAGAAACAAAUCAGCUUUCAGUUGGAAGAUUCCAUCCAGGCAGCCCAAAACUCGAUGAAUGCAUGUGAUUUGCAGUUUUCUAAGCUCAAGGAUGAGGUUGAAAAGCAGCAGGCUCGAAUUAGUGACUGGACAAUAUUAAGAGAUGGACUGCAGACCUUAGUCAACGUGACUCACAGAAACAUGGCGUACAGGCUGCUGUCAGUCAGUUCCUCUGAGCUGUGCCUUGAGCUCUUGCCUCGUGCUGCCGAAAUAUCACUUGAACCCCUGCGUGUCUCCAUCACCAUGACAACCAGCGAUGAAUUUCAUCUUCAGGUGUUUCAGGGAACUGCUGGCCUUGUCGAGGAGGCAGUGAAUGGGCGUCUUAGGCAAGUGAGCGCCGCCCUUGUGGAGGUGCUGGAGCGGUACAUAAGUCAAGGAGAGAUGCUGUCUGAGAUUCAGGCUCUGCACUCCAGGUUUGCGAUUGAUUGGUGUCCUGCUGAAAAGCUUCUGAUCUUUCUCAAGACUGCGACCACCGUAUGUCACCUGAGGGUUGAGGAGGGAUACCCAUCACACGGCCGAGCUACUCUCCUGUCUGUGAGGAAAGAUGGCAAUCUGCUUGAUAUCACCGAUCUACAGCCCCCAGUGCAACAUCUUGUUCUGACAGAGUGGCUUGAGUUUCUCUCCUCCAGUCCGAACAUCUGACAUCACGAAAUUUACCCCAGGCCAGAUCCUCCGGGUUAGACUUCAUCAUGUAUGUCACGUCCUGAGUCAGAGUCUAUUAUAUGACACACAAUCCAUUUGCAUUGUACAGUUCUAGUUGUAUUGUUGAUACAUAAAAAUUAAUGUUUGUGUUGUGUCUGCAUUGUGAGUCAGAAAGUACUUUCAGACUUUAUCUAACCAACCCAGACUGUCAUUAUUAUUUGCAUAAAAUUGCUCUUCGCUCAUGUCAACAGAUUGGGAGAGCCAGCAGUUCAGUUUGAGACUCAUAUGUUUUCAAGUAGCAAAGAGCUCUGCAUUGUUCACGUAGUAAAUGCAGGUCACAUGACAUCUCUCAGCAG